AAAUAACCAUCACACCCACCUCCUAAUUUAUUAUGCAAGUAGUACGUAUAUUAUGUCACCUAUAACAUACGGGUUAGUCCAACCGCAAAUUUUCUCUCGAGGAAGUUGAACAAUGGGGGACCACAUGCGACCUGUUCAAGAAGCUACCAGUAGUUCUUCAUCCCAGCUUUGCUGCAGUGGAAGCUCAAGCACCAAAUUAGAGGCAAGUGCAAAAAUGAGAAUGGAUACUUUCACAUCCUGGCCGCACUCGCUCCCAACUCCACAAUCGCUGUGUACUGUCGGCUUUUACUACACCGGUAACCACAAUGGCGACGAAGUGAGAUGCAGUUCGUGUUUACGGACAGUACAGGACUGGUCAAGGACAUGUAUACCUUUUAUGAAGCAUUAUUAUGCCGAGAAAGAAUGCCCAUUUGUACAAAUGUUCGGUCCCGUAGUUUCUACUCUGCCUUCGAUGAUGGACUAUUCCUUACACAAUCCCUACUAUUCACAGUUGAUCAACAGGGAGCAUUCAUUUGCUGGGUGCGAAAGUGUGUUUUUACAAAGCAUUAGUUCAUUGGCCCUAGCUAAAGCAGGAUUUUACUACACGGGACCCGGUGAUAUGGUUCGAUGUUUCUUUUGCGGCAUCGAACUUACAGACUGGGAGAGGUAUGAUAUCCCUGUAGGGGAGCACUACAGAUGGUCUCCUCGUUGUCUAUUCCUUCAAACCUUACUGCUAAAAAUAUCCACUGUCAUUGAAGCAAGAAAAGAAGACAGUUUUAAUCCAGCACCGACGGGAGAGAGAAAUGUAUCUCAACCGUGUUCAACCCUUCCUACCAGAAUUGCAAUUCCAGCAAAUGAUCCGAGUGAAGAACCCGUCCAUUCAAUACCAGUCAGUUCUCAACAAAGGUCAAGAGAUUUUACUACAUUGAUGGACAGUCCAAAGGUUCGAUGGGUUAUGUGCAGGACCAACUCAACAUCUCUGGUACGACAAUUUCUUCAGAAUUAUGUGUCGUCUUAUCCUAUUGACGCAUGGACAUCAGAAGAACUCUUGUUAGCUGUGAAGGCGGCAGAGGAUUACACAACUGUUCGAACAGUAGGACGUUAAACCCCAUUUCAUUUGCACAACCAGUUGGAUAAUCAAGACUUAUCAUUGUGCAGAAGUAACCAAUAAGUUCUUUUUAAGAACAAUAUGGCAAUAUUCGAAAUAAACACAAACAUUUUGGUUUUUAACAAGUCAUGAAGUAUUUGCCUUAGUCCCCACACUUUUACUGCAUAAUUUUUCACGCCAGUAUUUAUGAAUCCUAUUCUAUAUCUUCUGGAAUUAUUUAUGUAAUAUUUUAUUGUUGUAAGCAUGCUUACAUGUUAUGUAACUCAUUAAAAUUUAGACAAUGAA